GGUGGAAAUGACGUGGCACGAUUUCUUAGGCGAGACGGAGCGUAGUUGGGGUCACUAACCAUUGAAUUUCAACAAAUAAUUAAAAAGAAAAUUUGUAAGAGAACUUCGGAUUGCAAUUCCUCCGGCAAUUGCUUGCGGUUCUUUCUACUUUAUUCGGAUUUUGGAUUCGGAGGAGAAAGAUGUGGGGAUUUGGAGGAAGGUAUUACUGGGGAAGAAGAGAACGAGUCGGGAAAGUUGAAGGGAUUGUGGUGGCGUUCGCAUGGAUGUCUAGUCAGGAGAGGCACUUGAAACGAUAUGUGGAUAUGUAUUCCUCUCUGGGUUGGAAUUCACUCGUUUGCCAUUCUCAAUUCCUCAAUAUGUUUUUCCCCGAUAAGGCUGCAUCUCUGGCAUUUGACAUUCUUAAAGUACUAAUCGAGGAGCUAAAAAUAAAGAGAUGCCCCAUAGUAUUUGCGUCUUUUUCUGGUGGGCCUAAAGCAUGCAUGUAUAAGGUUCUCCAGAUAAUCGAGAGAUAUCAUGAAUCGCAACAACAUAGUUCGGAUGAUUAUCAACUGGUCAGGGACUGUAUUGCUGGCUAUAUUUAUGAUUCCAGUCCAGUUGAUUUUACCAGCGACUUGGGAACUCGAUUUAUUCUUCAUCCAACUGUGAUGAAAGCAUCCCAACCACCAAGAAUAGUGUCAUGGGCAGCGCACAACAUUGCUUCUGGUCUUGAUGCACUCUUCCUCAACAGAUUUGAAUCUCACCGUGCAGAAUAUUGGCAAACUCUUUAUGCCUCAGUUAGUAUGAAAGCUCCUUAUCUUAUUUUGUGCUCGGAAGAGGAUGAUCUUGCUCCCUAUCAGACAAUUUUCAAUUUUGCUCAACGAUUACAAGAACUUGGGGGAGAUGUUAAAUUAAUCAAAUGGAAUGGCUCCCCACAUGUAGGGCAUUAUCUGCAUUUUCCCAUUGAAUAUAGAGCUGCUGUCACGGAGUUGCUAAGUAAGGCCGCUGGAGUAUACUGUCAAAGAACUAGACCCAAUGAAGAAGUAACUGCCGUAGAUAAAAUGAAUUGCGACUCUUGCAAUACAACACCCGACGUUAGAAAAGCUGCAUCGCCAUCAAGUAGUUUUCGGGACUCUGCUCUUGCCCCAAACGACCAUCUUCUCUUCUCCAGCGCGAUGGACGGCUUUGACUACAGAAUCAUAGAAUCCAUGCGCGAUGAACACAUGGAAGGAGUAAUGCGGCUAUCUAACUCGCCGAGUACCAUUCCUCAUGGAGUUCUCGGUCAAAUCCUUUACGAUGCUUGUGUUCCAAAGAACGUUGAGGAUUGGGAUAUUGGAUCAUCAAGUUCUUCAAAAGGUGUCUUGCGUGAGCACACACGGCGACAUACCUCCUUCAAUCCCAUCAAACUGAUGCGUCGCUCGAGACUGUAGUCAUUCAUCAGGGGAAAAAGUCAAACUGAAACUCAUUUGUUGCCAUGCCAUCAAUUGCACAUCUUGCUUGAGAAUAUGGACACUACCAUAAAUGCUGAGACAAGGAAUUAAAUGGUUUUUUGAAAACUUUGUCUUAUUGGGAAACUUUGGACCAAGCAAGAAUGUAAAUGUAAAGCAGAGGCGCCAUGCAGUCCCCACUGCAAAUUUGUGUAAAUCAAUGAGGAAAAGACAUAUCCUUCCAAUGAAUAGAUGUUUAAAGAAACUGCCUUUUAAAAAGGAUUUAAAUAAAGUGAUAGAUAUUUUUAGCAA